AUGUCCUCAAUAGUUAGAAGUCGGCGGCCUCUUCCCGCCGGCGACGCUUCCGGUUAUCAAACUUUUACGAACUGCACAUUACCCACCUGUGAAGAAAUGGUUGAAGACACGAAGUUAGGACAAUUGGUUCCUGAAUCUGUAUUGAAGAAGCAAAAGAGAAGCGAAGAAUGGGCUUUAGCAAAGAAGCAAGAAACUGAACUCGUGAAGAAGAAGAAUGCUGCAAACAGGAAAUUGAUCUUCAAUAGAGCCAAACAAUACACGAAAGAGUAUGAAGAUCAGCAAAAGGAGCUAAUUCAAUUGAAACGUGAAGCAAGAUUGAAAGGUGGAUUCUAUGUCAACCCAGAAGCCAAAAUGUUGUUCAUCAUUCGUAUCCGUGGUAUCAACGCUAUGGACCCUAAAUCAAAGAAGAUUUUGCAGCUUUUACGUUUGAGACAGAUAUUUAACGGAGUCUUCUUGAAAGUCAACAAAGCAACAUUAAACAUGCUUCACAGAGUAGAACCAUAUGUUACAUACGGGUAUCCAAAUUUAAAAAGUGUCAAGGAGUUGAUAUACAAGAGAGGAUAUGGAAAGCUCAACAAACAAAGAAUUGCACUCACGGAUAAUUCUAUUGUUGAACAGGGUUUGGGGAAAUUUGGGUUGAUUUGUGUGGAAGAUCUUAUACAUGAGAUUUUGACUGCGGGCCCACAUUUUAAGGAAGCGAAUAACUUUUUGUGGCCGUUUAAAUUGAAGGCGCCACUUGGUGGGAUGAAGAAGAAGAGGAAUCAUUAUGUUGAAGGUGGUGAUGCUGGAAAUCGGGAAGAUUAUAUCAAUGAACUCAUCAGGAGAAUGAAUUAGAUUUUUGAUAAUAUGUUUUCGUUUUUGUUUUUCUUUUGGUGAUAUGUUGUUAUUUGGAAUUUAUUUAUGUUUAGUUAUUUAUUUGCAUGCUUUAUGUCUAUUCAUGUGUGUUUUUUUUUUAAUAUGGAG